AUCACCAACAUAGAGGAGGGGGCGAAGUGUAUGCGACAUCUAAGAGCGAUGAACUGGUGCGUCGUCUUUGAGCGGCAGAACGGCGGUUCGUCUAAGUAAGAUGGAUCAGUGACUUAUCCAAGACCAGCGGCGGCGCGACGACUUGUCCCAGAGCAGGGGAUAUGAGAGGGAGGGAAUGAAGUAAAAGAUACGGGAAAUGAAAUGAAAUUGUAAAAAAAAUAGAGUAUAUAUAUACUGUACAGUUUGUGUACACUUGUACCCCAAGCAAAAUUGAACACCCGCCGUGGGCACCCUAAAAACGAACCAAAACCAUGCGCAGAUUCAGACCUGUAUCCGCCAUGGGCAGCCUUUUACUCCCCUGUCAUACUGCCUUCACACUCACCCACUUCCCAGCCUUCUCUUAUCCGCGACUUCAUCUUUCUCACAUCAUUUCUUAUUCCCUGCGCCCACUAUCAAUAUCUUCGUCCUCUGCAACUUCUGUCAUCUCGUCGCCUCCUUUCUUGAGAUCGGAGCACCCCGUCGACCCUAAGUACCUCUCAUGCUCACUACCGGAUAAGAGUCCUCUCAAGCUGGCAGUUCUGGUUAGCGGUGGGGUUGAUAGCAGCGUCGCUCUCCGCCUUCUCCACGCCGCAGGACACUCCUGCACAGCAUUCUAUCUAAAAAUAUGGUUCCAGGAAGACUUUGAGAACUUCUGGUCUGAGUGUCCAUGGGAGGAGGAUCUGAAAUAUGUAAAAGCUGUCUGUGAUCAGGUUGACGUCCGUCUGCAGGUUGUGCAUUUGACUGAUGAGUAUUGGAAUAAUGUGGUAUCAUACAUUAUCAAUGAAUAUAGAUGUGGACGGACUCCAAAUCCAGAUGUCCUUUGCAAUACAAGAAUCAAAUUUGGUGCAUUUAUGGACACAAUAAGUGGAAUGGAAUUUGACUUUGUUGCUUCUGGACAUUAUGCAAAGAUUGUUCAUGCGUCUUCUGAUCAACCACUCCAGCCUUCGGUUCUAGAAUUGUCAAAAGAUGUGGUAAAGGACCAAACAUACUUCCUAUCACAUCUCUCACAGUCUCAGCUUAAGCGACUUAUUUUCCCUCUUGGAUGUAUUCCAAAGGAAGAGGUGCGCAAACUUGCGAAGUUAUUUGAUCUCCCAAACCAGGACCGUAAAGAUUCACAGGGAAUAUGCUUUCUUGGCAAGAUAAAGUUUUGUGAUUUUGUUGCAAGACACAUCGGGGAGGUAGAAGGGAUUAUAUUAGAAGCUGAAACAGGGGAUUAUCUCGGAAAGCACAGAGGGUUUUGGUUCUACACUAUUGGUCAACGACAAGGUCUACGGCUUCCUGGGGGACCAUGGUACGUUGUAGAGAAAGACAGUAAGAAUAAUGUGGUGUUUGUGUCAAGAAACUACUUCUCGGCUGAUAAGAAAAGACGCCUAUUUCGUGUUGGAUCGCUGAAAUGGCAAAGUGGUAGCUAUCCUGCACAUGCAAAUCAACUUCAAUGCAAGGUUCGCCAUGGCCCCACUCUCUACAACUGUAAUUUGGCAAUGGAAGUUGACAACAAUGGUAAAACAGUUGGUAUUGUCCAGCUGUCUCAAGAUGACCAAGGGCUGGCAGCAGGACAGUUUGCUGCUUUCUAUGAUGGGAUAACCUGUCUUGGCUCUGGUGUCAUCAUGGAUUCUUGGGAUGAUCAAGGGUAUCCAGUAUGCGAAAGGGCUAUUGAAAUAGCAAGAAUGGAGGACAAGUCAAUGCUUGGCAGACCAGUGAGAAUAACAGUUAAAUCAGGUAAUACUAAUAAUCGUUUAAUGGAAUCUGAUCCCAAAGAUCAUAGAGAGAAUCCAAAUCCUAUUGUUGGUUCUGAAACUAUUGAGCGGAAUAUGUCUUACCAAGGAGAGGAUCACUGAGUAUUGAAUUGGCUAGAGUGGUUAAAGAAGAAGUGGUUACAAGUUUUCUAGUAUGUUUAUAGGUUGUAUUACGGUAUAUAGUGUGUUACUAUAUCUCGUGGGAUGCACGAGAUAUUAUUUAAUUCUUUAAGUUUAUGUUCCAAAUUAUUUAAAAUUAAUGUAACUUUUAUAAAUAAAAUGUAAAUAAAUUUCAAUAUUUUUUAUCAUAAAACACAAAUUAUUAUCAUCCAUCAAAUUUGUACAACCAUGAAAUUCUUCAGCAUAUUCAAUUGAUUACGGAGUAUCAU